UAUCACUCUAAAUGUAAAAAAAAAAAAAAAAAGAAUAGUAGACGCUCCCCUCUCUGCGCAUGCUCACACACACUGAGGAAGAGCUAGGGCUCAGGUCCCACUGAAGAUUUAAUCUAACGGCAAAAGCUCCUAGGAGCCCACCAUCAACAGUAAAGCUGUAUAAGCAUCGGGUCGACGGGACAGAAGGAAGCAGCGUGUCGUACGUGGAGCUGCCUGCUGAAAUCGCUAUGAGUUACAAACCCAUCGCUCCGGCACCGUCUGGCUCCAACCACACUCCGCCAGGCUCUUCGGUGCCUUCCCCAUCUCUUCCCUCGUCAUCCAACUUUAGGCCAGCUUUCAGUGACUUUGGUCCACCUUCUAUGGGCUUUGUUCAGCCUGUCAAAGUGUCGCAGGGGUCCACCUACAGCGAGCUCCUGUCUGUCAUCGAGGAGAUGAGCCGCGAGAUCAGGCCAACGUACGCCGGGAGCAAGAGUGCCAUGGAGAGGCUAAAGAGAGGUAUAAUCCACGCCCGCGCGCUGGUCCGGGAAUGUCUCGCAGAAACGGAGCGAAGCGCCCGUACAUAACCCCCUCAGAAAGAUCCCUCCACCUCACGCCCUCUUUCUAGAAGCCUGCCCUCUUCACGGUCCCCGUCGGAUACUUUACAAGCGGUCCUCACCCCUUGUGCUUUCUUUGCCGGCUUUUCUGGGUUUGUCAGGUCACUGGGGUUCUGCAUUUUGUCCGGGAUCAUUUUGUUACUGUUAAAACUUUCUACAACAUGCUGGGCAUAUGCAAAAACAAUAAUUUGUACCUAUUUGAAGAGUGCAUGGAGCUUCUGCACAUUUUUAAGUCCAGGUAACGGCAUUUUUUUUUUUUUUUAAAGAAUGAAAUCGAUUUUUAGAUCGGACCGAUCUUAUUUAUAUUUUGAACAACCACUGAAUGUUUUUUUUGGUUGAUUUAAACUUUUUUCCUUAACAAUUUGCAUUCUUCCCAGCUCUUUUACCAACCUAUUUUGGCGGCAAACAUGAGACUUCCCCCUUCAUAUCCCCAAGAACUCUGUACAUCUCAAGUCAGUUUGUUAGUAUGGAAAUUUUGUAAAACAGAUUUUUGCAGUUCAGUAUGUAUAUCUUAAUUAAAUAACAAGAAAAACAUA